UCAGCGAGUCUGAGAACGGCACAGAUUAUUCAGCUGACGGUUGAGCCACUGUGGACAGACAGUAAACAUAGCUAGAUAGUGGGCUAGUAUAAAGAUCUACUGGCUGGAGUCCAGCCCUUCGUCUUUUCUAGAUCAACUGGCUGUGUCAGUGAAACAAAUUUCUUACAGCGAAAAUUGUGUUAUCGACUGAGUUAUUCUUUGGCCUAGAGGUGGAAAGUCUUGCAGUUUGCUAAGUGGAGAUGGUAGCGGUGCUUGCUGAGUGAGAGUCCACGCUACGUAUGGUGCCAUUGGUGGUGUAACCAUGGCUGCUGAGACUCUCAGCAAGGAAGAGUACCUGCUCGGCCUUGUAAAGAGUAACAAUCAUGAGGAAUUGAGGAAGGAAAUCCUUCACGAGGACAUCACAUUGAAGGAGGCUGUAGCAAAUUUGACAUAUACCAACGGAGAGGGAGAGAAGGAACCAUUAGUGGGUCGGUUGCUAUUCAAUGCCUGCGAUGAUGGCCGGCUGGAGUGUGCCUGCAUCCUUGCGGACUGUUGCGGAGAAACAGUGAUCAACCAGUUGUAUCGCUAUACGACCGCAAAUGGUGUAUGGAGGGGAACUCCACUACAUAAAGCAUGUAGGAUGGGUCAAAUUGACAUUGCCAAGCAUCUUGUCAAGUGUAAAGCCAAGGUGGACAAGACUGACGAUAACGGUGACCUUCCUGUUCAUGACACUGCCUGGAAAGGACAUGUGGAAGUCGUCAAGUAUCUACUGGAUCUCCAACCCGAUACGAUCUCUGUGAAGGGCAUGGACGGUUUCCUUCCUGUUCAUUACGCUGCCGGGAAUGGACAACUGGAAGUUGUCAAGUAUCUACUAGAUCUCCAACCCGACACGAUCUCUGCAAAGAACGAUUACGGUAACCUUCCUGUUCAUGAAUCUGCCAUGAAUGGACAUCUGGAAGUAGUCAAGUAUCUACUAGACCUCCAACCCGACACGAUCUCUGUAAAGAACAAUGACGGUGACCUUCCUGUUCAUCACGCUGCAUCGAAAGGACAUGGGGAAGUCGUCAAGUAUCUACUAGAACUCCAACCCGAUACGCUCUCUGUGAAGGACAAGAACGGUAGCCUUCCUGUUCAUAGCGCUGCCGAGAAUGGACAUCUGGAAGUAGUCAAGUAUCUACUAAAUCUCCAACCCGACACGAUCUCUGCAAAGAACGAUUACGGUAACCUUCCUGUUCAUCGCGCUGCCUUUAAAGGGCAUCUGGAACUCGUCAAGUAUCUACUAGAUCUCCAACCCGACACGAUCUCUGCAAAGAACAAUGUUGGGAGAACUCCUCUCGGUGAAGCAGUGUGCGCUGGGGAAGCAGGCUGUGUACCCUACUUGCUGGACGUCACCUGGGCUAUGCUUCCAUACGAUGAGGCCAAUGAGAUCGUGGAGGAAGUCAGGAGAAUAGCUGAAAAGAAGGAAAGCAUGCCAAUAUUGAACUUGAUUAAGGCCAGCUUGAUUUGUGCAGAGUGUGGUAUUGAGGGCUACAGUGAUCCCACUGAACUGAUUGCCAACGUGUGUGGAGAAGAAGGUUCAGGGAAAUCCACCUUCAUUUCAUCCUUCACAUUCACAGCAAAAGGUUUCUUCAAUGCACUACUACGUAAGGAGAAUCAACCGGACAUGAAGGCAAAUGAUUUAGCCUCCAGGACAAAGGGAAUUGAAGAAACCAUGUGGAAGCAAUCGCAGGUGAACGUGCGUUUUCGCGACUUUGCGGGCCACGACCAUUAUUCUGCGUCACACGACUUUUUUGCUGUUUCCAUGACAGCACCAUCUGUUGCCACGAUCGUGGUGGAUGGCACAGAGUCGGUUGAAGAGAUCACGAAACGUGUCAGUGCAACUGCUGCUAGUUAUGCGUGUAGACAAUCAACAUCUGAUGAUGGUUCUGAACUGGACGGCCAACAGCAGCAACCAAUGCCACUGCAGCUGCAGUUGCAAUCACACACACAACAGGCAGGUGGGCACGAGCAGAAACUAGACGUUGUGGCUGUUGCUACACGUGCAGAUCUGCUUACUCCUUUCCAACGUGGCCAAGUGGAAAGGGCGAUUGUGGAAGGGAUGAAAUCAUGUUCACAGCGUUUGGAGCUUGCCUUUGUGAGAGUAGUCGAUGCUAGAAAGUCCAACAGUUCAAGUAUGAAAGAGCUGAGAACAGCAUUCCUACACUUGGUGCACAAAGUACUGGCGAAGUCUCCAAGGCAACAUCGCCUCGUGCAGAAGGCUGAUGACUACUUGGAUGAAGUCAAGGCCUCUCUGAGCAAUCCAUACUGCACAAGGAAAGAGUUUGUUGCAGCAUUCCAGAACGUCAUUUCCCAGAAGGCCGCUUCCAGAAGACAAUAUUCUGUUAGAGAGCGUGUUGCAGAGAACAUCAGUAGCUGUCUUCGGAUUCUGACAGCUUAUGGAUAUAUCAUCACAUUCCCCGAGCUGGAUGAUCUGGUGGUUCAUAACCGUCGCUGGCUUCUGCAGGACGUGAUUGGGUUCAUGUACUCUUCCAACGUCUUCCCCCUCCGACCUGAUGGCAUUGCCAGGGAAUACAAGAUAAGUGAAGAGGAGUUCGUCCGUUCUCUGACGGCCUUCGCCAAAGUCGGUGAAAAGGCAACACUCUGCGUGCGCAUGGCCUUGCAGCUUGGCUUGAGCAUCCGCUCUCAGAAAGAUAUCCUUGCUCUCUCCCUGCUUCCUGAGUGCACACAGCCAUUGAAGAUGCACAGAGCCUUCAGGACCUCACAGGUGAUGGUUGGCUCUGUCCACACCUGCACUACAGCAGCAGUCGCAGCCACAAUGACCCGAACGGCAACAGCCUUGGGCACAGUCGCAACUAGAGAGUCAUCGACAUCAGAAACAUGCCAAGCGGCCGUAAUAGGAAGCACAGCCGAGCCAGCAGCAGCCACAGCAGCACCUCCCGUCAAUGUGGCAGAUACAGUGACGCCCACAGUAGCCGCUACAGCAGACGUCACAGCAGCCUCUACAGCAACAGUCGCAGACACAAUGAUGCAAACGGCAACAGCCAUGGACACAGUCGCAACUAGAGAGUCAUCCACAUCAGAAACAUGCCAAGCGGCCGUAACAGGAAGCAGAGCUGAAGCAGCAGUAGCGACAGCAACACCUACGGUCUCUGUGGCAGAUACAGUGUCGUCCACAGUACCCGCUAUGGCAGAAGUCACAGCAGCCGCUACAGGAACAGUCGCAGACACAAUGAUGCAAAUGGCAACAGCCAUGGGCACAGUCACAGCUAGAGAGUCAUCCACAUCAGAAACAUGCCAAGCGGCCGUAACAGGAAUCACAGCAGAGGCAGCAGCAGCCACAGCAACACCUACGGUCUCUGUGGCACAUACAGUGUCGUCCACAGUAGCCGCUACGGCAGAUACUGUGACACAUGAAGCAACCGCUACGACCACACUCGCAGACAACGUGGCGCACACAGUAGCCGCUACGGCAGAAGUCACAGCAGUCGCUACAGGAACAGUCGCAGACACAAUGAUGCAAACAGCAACAGGCAUGUACACAGUCGCAGCUAGAGAGUCAUCCACAUCAGAAACAUGCCAAGCGGCCGUAACAGGAAUCACAGACAAUCCGUUUGACACUGGAACUUUCACUAGUCGCAUCCUUCUGAAGUUAUGUGAAAUACCCUGUGCAACGUUUCGCAGGAGUGUUCAGAAGCAGGGUCUACUACCCACUAUGGCAGAAAUCCAUGAAUUGCUGCGCGCAGAAAAGUACGAGACAGUAGAAAACCAUAAUGUCAAGAUCAUCGGAUACAUCCAUCCUGGAGGAAUGGAUUCCUACAAAAAGCUCUGUGCAGCAAUCAAAGGCCUGAAGUAUGAAGCUUUGUACACAGAGAUGAUCGUACUGCUUCCUGCUCACCGUCAGCCUAGAGAUGAUUGACCCACACUGGCUGCUCACAGUGCUACGAGUUUAUGAUGAGGAUGAUAAUCAUCGUCAGUGACAGCAGCAUCACCAGUACCAGCCACAGGAGCAGCAGCAGCAACAGCAGCAGCAGAAGUAGCAGCAGCACAAGCAUACUCGUGACCUAAUUCUCAGGUACACCACUUUGUGUGUUUCCUGCUCUGGCGCAACUAUGUACACACACUGUACAACUAUGUACACACACUGUACAACUAUCUGCUGAGCUAGUGGUUGCGGAAGCAGGUGUUCUUGCCAUUUAAUAGCUCUAUUGCUACCCGUUGUUAUUUUUUCUUCCUGCCAUUUAUUUCCUUUCCUCCUAUGCUCCUUACAUAUUCGCCUUUAUGUUAUUGGGCCACUACAGGUUUGAUUGUACAACUAUGUACACACACUGAACAAGGCAGAGGAGAUUUGUUUUUUCGGUUUGGUUUUCGAUACGAGAAAUAAUAUUCGCUCAUUUGUUCAGCUGCAUAAUAUUUCUGCAUAAUAUUUCUGCAUUGUUUUAUUUUGUCUGUACUUUGGCCUUCAAACUACAUUAACGGCUACGUAAUGGUGUUUAAAUUGGCGUGUGAGCAACACUGGCUCACACUCAAAACUAUUUUUACUUCACCAUAAGCACAGGCAAAAUCUGCCUUCUCGCUGUGUUGAUGACGGUAGCACAACACAGAAGUGUCACUGCUGCCUUUUGUGGAGCACUUUUCAGAGUGUGUUUCUUUGUGUUAUAUCUUGCUGUUUCCUGCUUCCUCUUCUGUCCUUUUUGCUAGCCACUGCCAUAAGCCAUCAGCUGAUUAUCUUUUUUUUCCUUCUCUGCUACAUUAGAUUUGUAGACCGUUAAUUUUAUGUUUCAAACUCCAUGUUGUUGUCUCUCCUCCUCCCCCCCCCCCCCCCCCCCCCCCCACACACACACACACCAAACACACUCACACCCAUCAUUCCCAUCCCGUACCCAACCCCACGCAUACACAUCACACCACACCUCUACAUUAUCGUGCUAUUGUUUUCAUUGAGUAGUCUUGGUCAUGCUAAUUACAAUAGAAAUCCCUCGUCCUCUCCCACAUCUCUAUUUCACCUCUCUUUACAAGUCAUGUCCCCUCUAGUAUUAAACUAUUAUUCUCAGGAGAGAGUAGUGUUUGGUUAUCAUAUUUUUCGAUCUUUUUUUAUUUUCCCUCUAACGAAAAUGACUGUGAGUAACGAUAGGGUAAUUUUAAAUGCUUUGCGAGAGUUGGCAGUCUCGGAGGGCCGGCUGUCAGUGACUUGGAGAUGAUGUUGGACAGGACACUACCCAUGUAUUCUCCUGGCAUGUUUUUUUUGUUUUGUCACAGGUGUUAUUGUUUUGGUUUUUACAUUGAUUUUGUAUGUGGAAACAAGGGGAUUACGGAUUUUUGACUCUUUCCUCUACCAAAUGCCACUGUUUACACAUGCAUUUGUUUUCAUUUUUUGGUGUUGUGUUCUAGUCAUUCAUCAUGCCACCAUGAAUUGUUUUCUGUUUGCCCGUAAAAGAGGCCUGUGUUUUAUUGA